AUGUUUCCAUUUCAGACAGACAAUCCGGCAAGGGUGGCAAACACACACGUGUUAUUAGAUAGCUCUGGGGAUGUGGCGAGUACAUAUCGCAAGAUGCAUCUGUUCGAUGUGGAUGUGGAUGGCUUUCAGUUUCGAGAGAGUGAGCAAUGUGUGGCCGGGAACUCUGUUGUACGGCCUACGUCCACCCCUGCCGGGAAUAUAGGAUUGGCGAUCUGUUACGAUGUUCGAUUUCCCGAGCUUGCGCUCAGACUACGACACAUGAAUGCGGAUGUCAUCACGUAUCCGUCAGCGUUUGCCGAGGGGACGGGCAAGGCACACUGGGAAGUCCUGCUGCGUGCGCGGGCCAUAGAGAACCAAACGUAUGUAGUCGCCGCAGCCCAAUGCGGCUAUCACCAUCCCAAGCGCAAGUCAUACGGACACGCCCUGAUCGUCAAUCCCUGGGGAGAGAUAGUCGCGAGCAUGGGGGGGCCAAAUGCUGAUGAAGAAGGGGUCAUCUAUGGGCUAAUUGAUACGGACGUGCUGAGCCGUGUGAGGGCCAAGAUGCCGGUUAUAGAACACCGGCGCGCGGAUAUCUUUGGAGAGGUGCCUCAGUAACAGUGAGUGCAGACUCGACGCUUGGGCAUUGUGUCUGCGAGUACUAUAGCACCUGUUUGUGGGUCUAUUGAUAGGAAGUCUGCGUGAUGCCGUGUAGCUGAGUGUAUGGGGAUGGCUAGAGAUGUAUUAGUCCUAGUAAACGGAAUGGUAUGUGGAUGACUAGAGAUGUGGUCCUAGUAAACGGAAUGGUAUGUGGAUGGCUAGAAAUGUAUUGGUCCUAGUAAACGGAAU